UUUGAAACUCCAAACAAAUACCAAAAAAUUCAAAUACCUAAAAAUUUAAAAUCUUAUUCAAAAUCUGACACGAUGAACUGAAAAAUACCCAAAAUUUUAUCCAAAUACCCAAUUUUUUUUUAAUUUGAAAAAUUUACCUGAAAUCAAAACUCUAAUCGUAAACCAAAAACUUAAAAACAAUAUCCAUAAUACUGGAAACAUAUUCGAAAUAUCCAAAUAUACCUAAUAAACACAUAUUUAUGAUCGAGUCUAGGGUAGGAUCCAGACUUAAACAAAGACCUGCGGGUCAAAAAAAACCCAAUAGGUUAUCUUCUCUUGACCUGAACUAAACCUAUAAUUUUGGGUCAGUUCAGUUUGUUUUUUUGAUCCGGAUAUAAUUCUCAUGUUGAAAAGAAACUUACGCAAAAGUGUACAAAAUCUCAAAUAAACUAAUUUGUAGAUUAUAUAGCUGUUAAAAAUUAUGUUUUUCGAUAUAAUAAAACUUUGUAUUAUAAUAUAAUCCAACAACCCCGCGCUUUCCAAGCGCGGAUCAAAAUCUAGUUAAGUUUUAUUUGGCAAAAAAUAUUAAAAAAUAAAAUGAUCUUUAAGUUUCUUUUAGAUUUAGAAUACCCUUUUGUCAAAAAGUUGAUGUUAUCUCAUUUGUUUCAUAUCUACUCCCUCCGUUUUUUAUUAUAAGUCGUUUUAGAGAAACUUUUUUGUUCCAAAUUAUAUGUCGUUUUCGGUUUUCUAUGUAAAAUUUAUUAAUAAUUAAUGUUGUAUAACCAAUGGUAAUAUAUCUUAUAUUUUUCUAUUGGUUGAAUUGUGGUUAGGUAAAUAAUUAAUGAUGUUUUUGUUUAGAAAAUAUAAGAAAUUAAUGGUUUUCUUAAUCUACGUGCAUAGCUGUAAAACGACUUAUAUUAAAAAACGGAGGGAGUAUAAUUUAAAUAACUUCUUCUUUUACAAGAUCCUCGAGAAUCAAGACUCGAUUCUCAUGGAAAUCAAAGUCUUAAUUAAUUAUAGUGUGUUAAUUUUAAUAGUAAUAUUUUUACCGCCAGGUCUACUCCAAACGUGUUCCACAGCCCACACCAACCUAUGAAAGUACCCGUAAGAAGUAUAUAAAUUGAUUUAAUAAAUAUUUGAAACAACGUUUGGAACGAGAAUAUCAAAAAGAAAUCCAACAAAAUUGAAACAAAUAGCCGUUAUAAAAAGCCUGUUACUGAGGGAACAAUAUAUUUUAGUGUAGUUUAUUUAUAUAUUUAAAAUCUAAUAUUAAAAAGGUAAACUAACUUUUUUUUUUGGAAAACAAAAAGGUAAACUAACUAUAAAAUAGUUUUACUGCAUAUGUACAUUUAUUAAAAGGGGACAUUUUUUUCUGUGUGCAUGUGGACACUAAUUUAUACUAUUAUCAAUUAAAAUAACUUCCUUAACAAGAACUGGAGAAUUAAAAAUUAACUUGAUUUCGUCACAUGAAAAUCAGUAUUAAUUAAUUAGAUAUAAUAUCGUGUCAGGUUUUAGUAGUACUAUGUUGAGGAUAGAUCUAUUCCCAACCUGAUAAAAAUAUGGUAAAUACAAUUUACUUGCAUAAUUUAUAAGUAUCUUAUUUAACAACAGUUAACACAACGUUUAACCCAAAAUUUUCUCUAUUUAUAUAGAAUCACGCAACUAGUUCAAACCCAACUUCAUCAUCUUCUGAGUAAAAAAAAAUUGACACCCAAAAGAAAAUAAAGAAUGAGAGGAAAGUAUCUUUGUUUACUAGUGCUCAUUGUCUUGGCGUCCAAUGAAGUACUUGCUGCCAAGAACAACUCUUCGACAACACCUAAAUUAAGAAGAAGUGAUUUUCCAGAAGAUUUCAUUUUUGGGUCUGCAACAUCUGCUUACCAGAUUGAAGGGGCUGCACAUCAAGAUGGUAGAGGACCAAGUAUCUGGGAUACAUACUCAGAAAAAUAUCCAGAGAAGAUAAAGGAUGGUAGCAACGGAUCUGUUGCAGCUGACUCUUACCAUCUUACAAGAUUGCAGGAAGAUGUGGCUUUAUUGCAUCAAAUUGGCUUCAAUGCUUACAGAUUUUCUAUCUCAUGGUCAAGAAUAUUGCCUCGAGGAAAUUUAAAAGGAGGAAUCAACCAGGCUGGUAUUGACUAUUACAACAACUUAAUCAAUGAGCUUUUGUCCAAAGGUAAAAAAAUACGACAUCCAGUUUGCAGAUAUUAUAAAGUAACUCUCUCUUGUUUAACUGUUUUUUUUGUCAUCAACUUAGUAUUUUACACAUGCUCUAAGAUGCUUAAGGGCUCAUCUGAUUUCAUUGGCAUCAAUUAUUACUCUUCCGCUUACGCAAAGGAUGUCCCCUGCCCUACCGAAUAUGUUACACUGUUCUCUGAUCCUUGUGCCAGCGUCACAGGUGAAAGAGAAGGAGUUCCCAUCGGUCCAAAGGCUGGAUCAGAUUGGCUUUUGAUAUAUCCAAAGGGAAUUCGUGAUCUUAUCCUCUAUGCUAAAUACAAGUUCAAAGACCCGGUCAUCUACAUAACCGAAAACGGAAGAGAUGAAAUUGAUACCGGUAAAAGAUUUCUUAAAGACGGCGAUAGAAUCGACUUCUAUGCUCGACAUCUUGAGAUGGUUAAAGACGCGAUCUCGAUUGGAGCUAAUAUGAAAGGAUUUUUCGCGUGGUCGUUGUUGGACAACUUCGAAUGGGCAGCAGGAUACACAGCUCGUUUCGGGAUAGUUUACGUGGAUUUCAAAGAUGGAUGUAAGAGAUACCCCAAAAAAUCGGCUGAUUGGUUCAAAAAGUUCUUGAAUCCAAAGAAAAGCAACUGAUGGCAACUACACCAUUCCGCUUUAUUAAUAUCUCCGUUAUAGUUAUUUCUUAGUUGGAAAUAAAAGAUCCUGGUUAAAAACUUAUACAGUUGGAAGUAAUAAGGAAUCUUUAACAUUUGUAUCAAAAGAAAAGUAAUAAGGAAUCCAAAGAAUCACGUUAUUAAUAUCUUUCUCAGUUUAAAACUUUUAGUUGUUUAUACAACGAAAAAUUUUCAGUUGGAAAUACUUUAUACUCUCUCUGUUCCCGAAAGUAAGAUUUUUUAGAUUUUUUUCUUAUUCCAUAAAGAUAGAUUUUUAUAUUGUUAAAGUAUUUUUUUAUACUUUUGAAGAACAUUAAUUGAGAAUAUUUGAAUUGAUUAAAUUUUCUUGGUAGAAAAUUAUUGGAAAGUGUAUAAUAAAAUAAAAAAUAAAUUAAAUUAUAAACAUUUAUUAAAUUCUUAAUAAGCGUGCAUACUCUAGAAAAUCUUACUUUCGGGAACAGAGGGAGUAAAUCACUAAUCUUCUAUGUAUACUAUUUACCAUCCGUAAUUAUUUUUAUUUGCAUAUACAUUUAUAUAGAUAAAUUUGUAUAUGACUGUCUUAUAAGUGUUUAAAUUCUUUGUGAUAUUUCUGAGAUCACUAAGUUUGAAAUAGAAAAGAAAAUAUUAUUAGGACAUCUCCAAUCCUAUUACAUUUUCUACUCCAAACAUUAUUUUGAAGUAAAAUAUACUUUAACUCCAUUCCAUUUUCAACUCCAAAAUAGAGUAAUGGCUAGAGUUACUCCAUUUAUAGAGUAAUCCUACGUAUUACUCCAUCUUGGAGUUGAUUUUUUUUAUUUAUAAAAUAGUCCUUCAAAUUUUAAAUGUUUUUCUAUCAUACUUAAAUAAUAUUUAAAAAUAAUACAAAAAUAAAAAUGAUAUUCCAGAAGAGAUUAUUUAAUAUUUUUACAUAAAAGUUUCAUAAACUAUUAUUAUAUAAAAUAAUAAACAUAAACAUAAAAAUAUUGAAUAAAUAUAAUAUAAAAUUAGUGAUUUAAUAAUCCAGUAAAUCAUUUCUGGAACAACCAUGAUCGUGAAAUAUCACCCAAUGAAAAUGUCCGAUUUAAAAAAUUUCUUUCCUAAUUUAAGAAAAUCAUGGAUAAAAAAACUCAUUAUUCACUCUGAGAUGCAUUAGUUGAACAUUUGUGAGAAAAAAAUAUAUUUUGUAAUACUCAUUAUUGAACUAAAAUAUUUUAUUUUAUAUGUAUUUUAUGAUUUAUUAUAUUUUAAUAAUAAAUUUUUAAUUUAAAUAAAUUAUAUUUUGUGGAUGUUUUAUAAACAUAAGAUAUUUAGGGUUAAUUGGUAAUUUUUUAUAAGUAUAAGUUGUUAGUAGCAAUUAUUAAUUAAAUAAAAAGAUUUUUUUAGAAUAUUCAUUUUUGAAUUAAAAAAUGGAGUAAUACAUUGGAGUGAAACACUACUCUAUUUUGGUGUUGCACUAUUUUAGAGUAAAAUAUGAAGUAAUACAUUGAAGAUGCUUUUAGGUGUUUAUUAUAAAGAAAAACUAAAGCUUGAUCCGUGCACCAACGCAUGUGUUUAUUUUUAUUUUCUUUGUAAAUAAAUAUUUAUUCUGUAUAAAUAAUAAUAUCUAUUUUUAAAAUUUACAUGUAUUAAAUAUUUUUUAAUAUGACAUUUCUAAACAAAAUAAUUUAGUAGUUUAUAUUGUAUAAUUUUAGUUUGUAUUAUAAAUCGUCAAUUGUAUCAUUCACAUUUUAAAAUAUAAUCCAUGCAUCCUCACAUACUCUUUUAUGAAUCAAAAAUUGAUGGUAAGUAUAAUAAAACUAUUUUGUGUACUAAAUUUAUCAUGUUAAAUUUUUUUUUGAACAAACAUUUAUCAUAUUGAAUUCUAUAGUUGUUUAAUUUGACAAAAAAUAUAAUAAAUGAUAAAAGUUAGGAUUAGACAGUUUCUUAGUCCCACUAAAGUAUAAUUAAAUAAUUUUUUAAUUAAUAAUUGAUUUAGAAAAUAAUUUAAUAAAAUAGGAAAAGACAAAAAUAUUUAAUGAUAGAUUUCUUAAUUAUUUCAGUGACAUAGACUUGUAAAUAAGUAGUAAAUUUUAGGGUUAUUUUUUAUUUGUGCUUUUAUUUUAAUAAGAUAAAAGGAUGAUUUGAGUUUUUUUUUUCUUCAGAUUCACGCAUUCGUUUUCAUAUAAUUAAUUAAAAAGAAUUUCCUAGAAAUAUCCCCUAAAAUCAAAACAUUGAUUUGCGUCGUCACACGGAAACAAGAGUCUUCAUCAGUACUAUACUAUCGUGUUGUUUAGUAGAAGUAUUUUGACCGGCAAGUAUAUCCCCAACGCGUUCCAGACCAGACCAACCUAUGAAAAAGACCCUUUAUUACAUAAUAAAAUGUAUAUAUAUGUUACUCUCUCUCUCGCUGAUGUUAUAACAUUUUCGUACAUAUUAAUUAAUAAAUAAAUAUAUUUUGUUUAGCACUUUUAGAUUUCACUAACAAAAUUUUGUUCCAUUCACAUUUUUUUUCAUUUUAUUUAAUGUUUUAGUUUUAAAGAUAAAUGUAUUAACUACUCUUAAAAACAUCAGUCUUUCAAAUCUAAUAACAAAAUUUAAAACAUCAAACCUCGCGUUAGUGGUCGAAUGUCACAAAACAUUAUAUAGAUAACUAAGAGAUCCGAGUUCGAAUUUGGUAAUAAUCUAGAUAAACACGGCGCGUAGCCACCCGAAUUUUCACAUUCUUUUUUUGGAGAAAGGGAUCACUCACUAUCCUUUAAAAAAAAAAUCUAAAACAUCAAUUACUCUUAUAUCUUAAAAUUGUUCUUUGACUGUAGGAAAGAUGUGUAUUUAACCCAAAAAAAAAAGUUGAAACAUCGUCUUAAGGUGAAACCCAAGACUUUGACAAAAAAAAU